AUGACCGCACCUUGCCCUCCCACUGACAUUGAGGUAAUCAAAGACUGUGAUGCCCAACAUGCUCUGGUGAUCUGGCAGAACCACCAGGCAUCAGGCCUCUACACCGCAACGAUAGAGGAUGCAAGCGGAUUGCAGCUCAACUGCACCAGCAACACUGUCAACAACUGUACAAUUUCUCCGCUACCUUGUGCAAAGAAAUACAAUGUCACUGUCAGCUACAACAAUGGAAACUGUUCAUCCACCUCAACACCUGUUAGGCUGGAGUCAGGGCCAUGUAGUCCUGAGGAUGUGAGUUCCAGGAUGAGCUGCAAUACCAGUGAAGUCAUAGUCACCUGGAACAUUUCAGUUCCUGCAGAUAACUACACCACCGUCAUCUCCAGAGGAAUGGGCCAAACUUUAUAUUGUUAUUCUACAGAGACUAAGUGCAUCAUGGGAGGAUUGCUGUGUGGAAGCGCCUACACAUUAUCUGUUUUCUCUGCCAGUGGGACGUGCCUCAGUCGGCCAAGUUCAGAGGUCACGGUGCUGUCAUUGCCAUGUCCUCCCACUAACAUCACAGCCCAGCACACGUGUGCUCCUGAUCCUCUUCUUGUUUCAUGGGCUGCCAGUAUUAAUAGCAAAUUCUACACUGCUGUGGCUGUGGGCAGCAGAGGUCACAGAGCUGAGUGUACAACCAAUAAAACGUUGUGCAGCUUUCCUGGGCUGCACUGUGGGGAAGUUUACAACAUCAGUGUCGCAGGAGCUGAUGAUAGCUGCAGAGGCCAACCAAGCAACCCUUUCUCUCUGAAUACAGAGCCAUGUCCUCCCUCUAAUGUGACCAGCCAGGUGAUCUGCAGCGCCGGAGCAGCUCAGGUGCUCUGGAGUCCCAGUAUUAAUGCAGUGCGCUAUGAAGUGCAAGCCACCAGCAACAAUCAUACCCUCACCUGCAGCAGCUCCACCUCCAACUGCACUCUGAAAAACCUUGUCUGUGGCCAAGCGUAUGACAUUCUGGUGUCUGCCACCGAUGGCACCUGCUUUAGCAACAGUGACCCCCUCAGGCAAGACCAAGUACCGUGCGCUCCAGGGAACAUCACUACAUACUUGCUGUGUGCCACCAACAACUUAAUGGUCAGCUGGAUCUCUUCUGCUCUGCCUCUCAACUACAGUGUUACUGCAAUGCCACUGGAUGGCAAUAUUAGUCCAGUAAGCUGCCAUACUGGCAAUACCAGCUGUGUUCUCAGUGGCCUCCAGUGUGGACAGACUUAUAAUGUCUUUGUUAACGCCUCCUCUGGCACUUGCAGCGGACCAAAUAGCCCCUCACAGACUAUACGUACAGCACCCUGCCCACUUCAGAACUUAACAGCAGUGACAGACUGUGGCACAAACUCUCUCCUGGCCUCCUGGGAUGCUCCUCCUGGCACCUCUUCCUACACAGCAACAGUGACAGGCCCCAGUGGCUUCUCUAAAACUUGUUCCUCCUCAAAUCUCACUUGCUCCUUUUCUGGCCUUCAAUGCGCUAGUCAGUACAAUAUCACAGCAACAUCCCAGGAUAACCUCUGCACUAGUGCUCCAAUUCAAACCACUAUGAAGACAGGACCAUGUGACCCAGUAAAUGUGACCAGCAUCCUCCAGUGUGGCGCAGACACAGCCACAGUGUCAUGGGCUAAAGCUGCAGGAGCUGUGGCUUACACCGUGCUGGCACAGGAGGAUGGCUCUUAUCAUUACACUUCCUGCAGGAGUAGCACCACUUCCUGUCAGCUGAAGCAGCUCCAAUGUGGAAAAGUUUACAACCUGACUGUAAUGGCUGAGGAUGCCACCUGUAACAGCACUGGAGCAACCAAAGAAGUCCUAAAGACAGCUCCAUGCUCUCCUUCUAUCCAAAGCAGCAUUCCGAUCUGUGCCAACAGUUCCUCUCUGCUGUCCUGGACAGCCAUGGCUUGUGCCACAGGUUAUGUAGUUAAUGCAACAGCUGCAAAUGGACACAGUGUUUCAUGCAGCACAGUCACGCCUUCAUGCACCUUGACAAAUCUUCUGUGUAGUAAGAACUAUGUGGCCACAAUCACUGCUCGAGGGAACCAGUGUGACAGCACACCUGGACCAGUCACUAACAUUACCACAGCUCCUUGUUCUCCAGCUAUCACAUCUAAACAGUAUACCUGCAGCAACAGCUCAGUUUUACUUAGAUGGUCAGACCCUGUGGGACGCCUCAGCUUUCUUGCUCAGGUAGCAGGACAAGGGUUUCAAGACAGCUGCCACACAACAGAUACCAGUUGUGUGUUUGAAAAUCUUCCCUGUGGCUUGGAUUUAAAUGUCAAUGUCCAAGCUCAAGGAGAGAAAUGCAACAGCAGCCUAAGUGUCAGCGAAUCCCUUCAAACAGUCCCAUGUGCCCCAGAAAACGUCAAUGUCACCCUGAAAUGCUCCAAUCACUCAGCCCUGGUGAAGUGGGUGGGAAGUCCCAGUACAACUAGAUUCAACAUUACACUGACAGGCCAGGAUGGACACACCCACCACUGUCACACCAACUCUACCAGCUGUGAGGUCCCUAAUGUCCACUGUGGUGAAAACUACAAUGUCACGGCCAUGCCGUACUCCCAGACAUGCAUGGGAACCCCAAGCGCACCUCACAGCUUUAGAGCAGGUUUGUGUGCGCCCAGCAGCCUCACUGUGUCUGCAACUUGUAAGGACAGUACCGUCUCAUGGACUCAUGUUUCAGGGGCUGAAAUGUACAUAGCAACAGCAACCGCAAAUGAUGGACACACACAUACCUGUAGCCAAAACUACACAAACUCAUGUAACUUCACUGAUCUCCACUGUGGGGAAACCUAUGCUGUCACAGUUGUAACUGUGGACAGGGGGUGCUGGAGUGAGCCGAGCUCAGCAGUUCAGCUGAAAGGAGCUCUGUGUCCCCCUGCUAACUUGACCGGUCAUCUCAGCUGUGACACUAACAUGCUGACCCUCACAUGGAGUCCAGUAACAGGGGCUGCCUACAUUUUACAAUGGAUGAGGAUAGGCGACACAUCCCCUGCUUCAGAGUACACAACCUCCAGCACCUCGUACACUUUGUCUAACCUGCUUUGUGGAGAAAGAUAUGCUUUCAGCAUUGCAGCUAAGGAGGGAAAUUGCAGCAGCAGCUACAGUCUGCCCAUAGAAAUGACUACAGCUCCUUGUCCACCCACAAACUUAACCGCUCAAGUUUACUGUGGGACAAACAAUGGAAACUUCUCCUGGGUUGAAAGCAGUAGAGCAACUUUCUACAUUGUUGAGGUGACAGGAGAGAAUGGCCACGUGGUAUCCUGCUCCUCCAAUGACACCUUCUGUGCUGUGAAACUUUUAUGUGGUCUUCAAUACUCUGCAUCACUGGUCGCCUCCACAGAAAGCUGCAACAGCAGCAAACACACUGACAUUUACUUUGACUCUGCCCCAUGCCUGCCAGGUAAUGUUGUGGCUGAGUUAGAGUGCGACACCAAUGUGAUGAUAGUGAACUGGACUCAGACCUCAGGCUCAGAUGUCUACACCGCCUGGGCCAUCAGCACAGAUGGACACAGAGCCUCCUGUAACACAACAUCUCACUAUUGCUCCAUCAAUGAUCUGAGGUGUGGCAAGGUCUACGAGGUCGUAGUCACUUCUUCUUCCAUUAAUUGCGAAAUUAUCGCUGGCUCUGACUACAAGAUUCAGUCUGCUCCUUGUAGACCUGAGAACACCACUGUUGAGCAGAACUGCAGCACCAACAGCAUGACGGUAAAGUGGCAGGACAUCGGUAGAGCUCAGAACUACACUGUUAAAGCCACUUCUGAUUUAGGUGUCAACGCCACCUGUGACUCUUCAAAAAGCAGCUGUUCCUUCCUAAACCUGAGCUGUGGUCAGCUCUACAAUUUUUCUGUGAUGGCACAUACUAAUGCGUGCAUGAGUGAAAUGAGCACUCAGGAGAAGCUCACAGCACCGUGUCCUCCAGCCACUGUGUCAGCUGAACAGAACUGUACUGCACACAGAGCUUUAGUUAGCUGGAGUAACACUGCUGCUUCUGUAGCUACAGCCUACAUCGUCCAGGCAACCUCCUCCAAUGGACACAAGUCCUCCUGCAGUGACAUGGGCACAUCCUGUUACCUUGACAACCUGGUUUGUGGGCAGGAUUACUCUGUUGCCGUGGAGGCCAUCAACACCGGUUGUCCUGGUCCUGCUAGUUCUCCUGCUAUGCUCACGACAGCGCCCUGCGUUCCUGUGAACAUCUCUGCUCUCUAUAAUGUGAGCAACGGCUGGGCACUGUGGAGCGCAGCAGCAGGUGCUAGCUCAUACUCUGUUCAGGCAGUGACAAACCAAGGACUGAGAGUCACCUGUAACACCAGUAACACCAACUGUUUCUUGAAUGGCCUCCAGUGCAGUCAGAUGUACAACGUCAGUGUUACGGCACAAAACCAGGCCUGCAACAGUGUGACCUCUGAAACCUCCUAUCUUAUGACAGAACCCUGCCCACCCACAAAUAUCAAAGCCAGUGUGACAUGUGAACAGAAUACUGGGACUGCGUCCUGGCAGCAGAGCAACCUUGCUGUGGGUUAUGUUGCCUACUUUGACAACCAAAGUGGCCGCUCCACCUCGUGUGUUGGCAAAGACACAGAUACAGGUUGUGUGGUCUUAGGACUGAUGUGUGGCACAGUGUAUAGUGUCUGGGUCAAAGCCCUUGGACAACAGUACAACAGCUCAAACAGCUCCAUGGUCUCCCUAACAACAGGGCCUUGUCAGCCCAGCAGCAUCGUGGCCAUUAUAAACUGUGAGGCCCAUUCUGCUACCAUUUCCUGGCAACCUAGUGUUGGAGCCACGUUCUACAUCACUGUCCUUACAGCUUUAUCAGGAUACACCACCAGCUGCAGCACCAACCACACUAACUGCCAGCUGAGCUCCUUGCCGUGUGGGGAGGAAUACAAUGUCACGGUGAAGGCUGUUGGAGAUACAUGCAACUCCACUGCUCAAAUGACAGGAUACCUCACCACAGAACCAUGUGUUCCUGCAAGUGUCUCUGUCCACUACAAUGCGAGCACUGCCCAGGUGAUGUGGGAUGCGACAAAAGGUGCGAGCUCAUACUCUGUCAGGGCUGUGACGGAGCAGGGCCUGACAGCCACCUGCAACAGCAGUAACACUCGCUGCUCUCUGACUGGCCUGCAGUGCAGUCAGAUCUAUAACAUCACUGUGAUGACCCAAAACCUGGCCUGCAACAACACUGUGACUUCUGCACCCUACCAGCUCAUGACAGAACCCUGCCCACCUACAAAUGUUCAAGCCAGUGUGACAUGUGAACAGCUGAAUUCAACUGUGUCCUGGCAGCAGAGUUACCUUGCUGUGGGUUACAUCGCCUAUUUUGAAAGCCAAAAUGGAUACAACACCUCCUGCGUUAGUACAAACACACAUACCUUCUGUACUGUCUCACAGCUAAAGUGUGGGACAGAGUACAGUGUUUGGGUCAAGGCCCUUGGGCAGCAGUACAACAGCUCAGACAGCUCUGUGAUCGCUAUCACAUCAGCUCCAUGCCUGCCCUCAGAGGUAAAGGUAGAAAUCAUCUGUCAGUCUGAUGGUGCUGCUGAGGUGUCCUGGAAUUCUAUUUAUGGCACAGGAAAUGUUUCAGUAAUGGCUGAUGUCGGCGGAAGUCUUCAGACUCUUUGCACAACUCAGCACAACAGAUGUAAUGUUACAGGUCUAAGCUGUGGGGAGACCUACAAUCUCAGCCUCACUGUCAGUAAUAAGCAAUGCAGCCUCACAGCACCGACACACACCAACCUUACAACACGACCUUGCCCUCCCCAGCAUACAGCAGUCAACCUGCAGUGUGGCUCCAGCACUGCAACCCUUUCGUGGGAGAGAAAGUCUAAGGUUGAACUGUACACAGCGUGUGCAAUCAAAGUGUCUGGAGGAGAUGUGAAGAAGUGUAACUCUACAGGCUCUACCUGUCAAUUCCCCAGUCUGAACUGUGGAGAAAGUUAUAACUUUACAGUUAAAGCAUACAUUCAAGGCUGCUGGAGCCAGGCCAGUAGAGCUGUGUUAAUUCAAACAGAGCCUUGCCAGCCUGUGAAUGUUUCUGCUGAGGGAUUCUGUCAGGGUGAGAAGGUUCAGAUCUCAUGGCACCAAGCAGGAGGUGCUGUAAACUACUUAGUAACAGCCGCAGGGAACCUCGGAUACAUGGAGACUCUCAACACAACACAAACCCUUCUAUCAGCGACUUUACCAUGUGGACAGCACUAUAAUAUCACUGUACAAGGACAGGGCAGUGAGUGUGACAGCAUCCCCAGCAAUCCUGCUUUUAUUCAAACUGGCCCAUGUGUUCCAUGGAAACUGGCAACCUAUAAGCAGUGUGAGUUCAACACGGGUUCUGUCAGCUGGUGGCCCAGUGAUGGUGCUCAGUCGUAUGUUGCUAUAGCUACAGGCCAUGAUGGCCACACUCACCAUUGUCUCACCAACACCACCUCCUGCACCUGGAACAACCUGCACUGUGGGGAGGAGUACAGUGUUGUAGUGAGAGCAAAGGCUGACAACUGCACUAGCCUCCCCAGUAACAGUUCCAUCAUACAAAUGGUUCCCUGCAUUCCCCACAAUUUGACAACCACUGUGAACUGUGACAUGAAAGUUGUCUCUCUGAGCUGGAAUGCCUGCAAUGGGACAAAUCUGUAUGUGAUAUCAGCGGAAGGAGGAAAUAAAUCAUUUACUCUCAGCACUAACACCACCAUAGCUCACUUCUCUGAAUUAACUUGUGGACUAAACUACAGCCUCAAAAUCAUACCCCAAAGCCAGCACUGUCCUGGAACUUCCAGUGCAUCCGCCUAUGUGCAGACCUGGCCAUGCACUCCUAUGGGAAUUUCUGCCAUGCAGGAUUGUCUCUCUAGCAUUGUCACAGUAACCUGGCAGCCUAGUAAUGGCUCAGACUUCUAUACAGCCACGAUUCAAGCAAACAGUGGCAUCUCAGAAGUAUGCAUGUCAGAAACAGCUGCAUGCAGUGUUCCUACACUGCCAUGUGGGCACAACUUCUCUGUAUCAGUCAGAGCUUCCAACCAGCAGUGUAGCAUCACCUCCAGUCAAACCGCAAGUCUGCAGUCCGCUCCCUGCCAGCCUCAGGGAAUCAGAGGCAACCUCGAUUGUGUGACUAAUUCGGCCUGGAUAUCAUGGGAUCCUGCUGCUGGAGCAAACAGCUACACUGUGUUGGCUGUCGGUGGAAAGAACUAUAAAGCCAACUGCACCACAUCCACCAACAACACAUGUGAGGUGCCAGACCUGGCUUGUGGUGUUCUUUUUAACUUCACCGUCACUGCUAAAAACAACAAGUGUGAGAGUCAGCCCAGUGCCGCCAUCGCUUUACAGACGGCCUCCUGCUCGCUCUCUGAUAUCACCGCCUUCACACAAUGUCAUAAUACCUCCAUCUUUGUUGUGUGGGACCUCAUGGAGGGCAGCAAGGGAAGCACUGUGUACACUGCCACAGCAGAAGCCAGUGACCAAACCUUCCUGUCAUGCAACAAUACCGGCACUAGCUGCUACCUGCCCGGAGCACAAUGUGGCCUCCGUUACACCAUCAGCGUAGCUGCAUCAUCAGACCAGUGCAGUGAUUUGAGAAGUCCUCCCUACAGAAUUAGCAUGGAACCCUGUCCACCCAGAGGCGUGAUAGUUAACGCCUCCUGUGAGGAACACAGUGCUUUGGUGUCCUGGACUCCUUCUCCUGUUGCAGAAACCUACCAUGUUGUGGCUGUGGCUGCAGAUGGACAUGAACAUACUUGUAACACCACCUCCACUAACUGCAGUGUGUCAGAGCUUCUUUGUGAUCAGCAGUAUACAGUGUUUGUGAUUGCUAGUCAUGAGAACUGCUCCAGUAAAGCCAGUGAAAAUGUGACAUUGAAUACAGGUCCUUGCCAGCCAAGUGGACUCUCUGUUAAUUUCCACUGUCACAACCAGUCUGCGAUUCUAACAUGGGUGCCCAGUCAUAAUGCUCGAAACUAUUACAGCUAUGCUCGAGCUGGAAAUGGAGAUGUGCUUUACUGUUACAGCACAAACCCCACCUGUACCAUUGAUGGCCUUGACUGUGGAACAGUUUACAAUUUCUCAGUCCAGGCCUCAGAUGAGACAUGCAACAGCUCCUUCAGUUCUCCUGUGCAGAUUGGAGGAGCCCCCUGUCCUCCAGAUGCUGUGAAAAUACAGCUGAUGCCAAUGGAGAAGGAGAUUCAGGUGAUGCACUUUAGCUGGACAAAGAUCACCUGUGGACACACAGAGUACUUGCUGAUGUUAACAGGGAGUCUGCUGGGAGACAGCCAGGCCCUGUUCGAGCUCUCCUCCUACUGGACAAACAUGACGUACUUUGAGAUUCCUCUCCCCUGCAGUUCAUCCUACUCUGCCACGCUGCAGAGCAGAAACGCUGCAGGCACAAGCGACAAAUCUGUGCCUCUCAAUGGAACAACAGCCCCUUGCCCACCAUCAGGAGUGACGUACAGUGGUAACAGCACCUUUGCCACAGUUUCAUGGAACGCUUCAGUGUUUGCAACCACAUAUUUUAUAUAUGACAACAGUGUGGCACCAAAGGCCAAGUUAUGCAACACAACCAUGCUGUCCUGCUCGUUUUCCAACAUUGCUGCUAACAAUACGGUGAUCACAGCCAGCAAUGCAGCAGGAGAAAGUCAAUCAACAUUAGUCACAAAUGUGGUGAAGCAAAGACGCAGGAGGAGAGAUCUCAGUGAACAAAUGACAGUAGGUGGAAGCUUCUCUGCUCCAAUACUGGACGUCACACAGACCACACCAACAGUUUUCUUCCUUCAGUGGUCUCCAGUGGAGGACGCCUCCUAUUACAAAAUGGUGAUUAGGAAGCAGGGCAGCUCCAUCAAGAACCAGGAACUGACAGUGUACGGAGAAAGCAUCAUUGUCUCUGAUCUGAGCCCAAAUUCAACCUACUGUCUCUCAGUGUUGGCCAUUUACACUGCUGCAAUGGGACCAGAGUCUGAACCUGUGUGCGUGCAAACAGGCCAAGGGCUUCGACAGUAAAUAGGGAAAGAACUCUCCUGAUAUACUUUGGAGUACAAAUCUUCAGAUCUGGGCAACAUUUCUUUGGGAAGCAUUUCCUGCUGGUUUACCGUUACAUUGGGAUAAGUGGAUGUUUGUAGGUUGAUAGAAGUAGCAAGUAGAUGUUUUCAAAGAAAUGUGUUUUUAUUUGUUUGCUGUUGGUUGAGGUUACUUAUUGUUCAUGUGGGGCUUUGGUCCUCUGACUUUUUUCACCUUUGUAAAUUAUACUUCCACCCAAUUUAAAGUAAUAUAUCAGGAAGUGUACAAACAUGACCAAAGUAUUUACUUUUUGCCAGUUUACAUGUAUAUUUAAUAUGAAAAUUAUUUUCACACAUUCUA